AUGGAGGCCUCAGAUGGGCAAGGGGAUGAAGUGGACAAGCCACUAGAGAAGGUGACAGAUGUGCCCUGCUUAGAGAAGAGCUCCAGCACCAUCCCUGCGGCAGACUCACUUGUGCGCCAUGCCAAGGGCCUGGAUCAGGAUACCUUCAAAAUUUGUAAAGAAUAUCUAAGGCCACUGAAGAAGUUCCUGCGAAAGUUGCACCUGCCCAAGGACCUUCCACACAAGAAGAAGCAGAAGUACAUGAAGCAGAGCCUGGUGGUCCUAGGGGACCACAUCAACACCUUUCUGCAGCACUGCUGCCGAGCGUGGGAAAUCAAGCACUGGAAGAAGAUGCUCUGGAGAUUUGUCUCCCUCUUCUCAGAACUGGAGGCAAAGCAGCUUCGCAGGCUCUACAAACACACCAAGAACAACCAGAAAGCCAAGUUCCUGGUGGCAUUCUGCCCCUUGGACACUCCGGAGAGCUCCCUGCUGAAGGACCAGGAGAACAGCCUGCCCAAGCUCUGCAGUGCCUGGGGGCUGCACAGCAACCUCAGCAGGGUGAAGGAGAGGCUGUCCAAGAUGCAGGCCCCAGGCUGCGAGGCCUCCCUGCUGGGGGAGCCAAGAUCCGGGCUCCUUGACGGGAGAGGUUCUUUAAGGGAACUUCCUCAAAAAACCAAACUCCAGAGAAAGAGGAUUAAAGAAGCUCCAGAAACCCCAGAGAUCUCUCCAUAA